CCCAUAGCCGCGCAGUCCUGCUCCGGAGCUAUCGCCGCCCGCGGGUCGGCCGCCUGCGCGUCUCACGCUCCUGGGAAGGCUCCUGCCUGGAGCCCGAGGACAUUGGAGACCGGGGUUGGUCUGGACUCCUCUGGAACGCGGGGCGAUAGCGGGGGACGCGCGCGUCACCUAGUGGCUGCGGGACCGGACGCAGCUCCUCGGCCCUGGACCAGGGGAGAAUCUUGGGACCAAGACUAAAGUGCAUUGCUGCUGACAAGGUCUCCACCUUUCUGCCUCCGAUUCUCUGAAAAGAAUUUUCAACCCUUUACAGAGAAAGUGACUUUUGUUAUCUCAGUGCUGAUUUCAUUGGCCUUUCGUCUUCCUUUCCUAAUUCCUUGGGCGAACUCUGACCACAUCCCACACUCUAGUCUUUAUCCCUUUGGCAAGUUUUGGCAUCUGAAAACCCGCCCUGUGGAGCCAGUGUUUUGGGCUGAGGGUGUUGAAAAGAAGCAGUGUGAGCCGUGGGCUGGGCAGCCAGGCCUGGGUGCUGAGGUCACCAUGUCCACCAAGGUCCCAAUCUAUCUGAAGCGUAGCAACCGCAAGGGCAAGAAGGAAAAGCUGCGGGACCUGCUGUCCUCGGACAUGAUCAGCCCACCGCUUGGGGACUUCCGACACACCAUUCAUAUCGGCAGUGGGGGCGGUGAUGACAUGUUUGGGGACAUCUCCUUCUUGCAGGGCAAGUUCCAUCUUCUGCCAGGAACAUCAGUGGAGGAGUCUGAGGAGGAAGGCAGUUUCGAUCUCCCCUUCCAGUUCACCCGAACAGCCACGAUGUGUGGGCGGGAGCACCCGGAUGGGCUGUCGCCUUUGCUCAAGAAUGCCAUCUCUCUCCCUGUCAUCGGGGGGCCCCAGGCCCUCACCUUACCCACAGCCCAGGCCCCACCCAAGCCCCCUCGCCUGCACCUGGAGACUCCUCAGUCUUCCCCCCAGCCUUCACCACAGGAGGCAGGAAAUGUGGACAUCUGGAGGAUUCCAGAGGCUGGCUCACCCCACAAUGGGCUGACCCCAGAGUCAGGGGCUGAGGAGCCCUUCCUGUCCCAUGCCAGCUCCCUGCUGUCCCUGCAUGUGGACCUGGGGCCCUCCAUCCUGGAUGACGUCCUUCAGAUCAUGGAUCAGGACCUGGACCGAGUGCAGAUUCCCACAUAGGACAGUUGGCUGACCAGGCGGGGCACCUGGGCUGGGGUGACACUGGGAGGCAGGAUGUGGACACAACCCUGGCCCAGGAGUUGGGAUUCUAGGUCCCAUUCGUGGGUGCUGGCCAGAGAUUCUCACUUUGAGCCUUUGUUUCCCUCCCCUCUCCUCUCCCUGCGGGCACAGUGUACCUCAGUGGUUUCCACCGAAGUCAGCCCACAGCACUCUGAGCAUCUCCGGUCACCUGGACUCCCACUGCCAACUGCCCCCUUUCCUGCAGGUCCCUUGGGGGAAGGCUCUGCUGAAAUAGACCCCCCCUGUCCACCUCCCCUCUGCCUCAGCCCCACUCGAUGUCCUAAUUGGAAGGCAGGGGAAAAGGCAGGGUGUUCUGGACCUCUGGCUUUGUGUCCCGGACUGGGACCAGCAGUGUCCUGCCUUGUGCCCUGCCCCUAUCCUCCUCCUCACAUGACCAGGAGAUUCUGGUUGCAAUAAAACAUGCUGCUGAGGGUGGCUGAGUAUCCUGUACCUUUGUCCCAGGUUUCACCAAAGGUCAGCCAUCUUGGGAGCUCUGGGUUUACGUUGGGGAGAACCCAUCUCAGAGGGCUUGGGGCAGGGCAGGCCCUAUAUUUAGGAGAGCUGUACCUGAUUCUGAGCCCAUGGUGAGAAUGAAGGAGGAGCAAAUCAAGUAUCAAUCCUGGAUAUUUGGAUGUUGAUUCAGGUGUGUGGCAAGAAGUAGCCAAGCUUGGGCCCAAUCCCAGCUGACUGGGGUCUGUCAGGGGAGACCCAAGAGUGAAAGAAUAACCACAGCCUUGUGCAAGGGACCAACAGCUUCUCUAGCUUCAGAGGACCAGGGGAUCAUGAGGAAAGUAGAGAUGGGUGGGGGUGGGGAUAACACAACAAUGCUGGUUGGUGGACUUGACCAUCUGUGCUGUCUGUUUAAGCUUCUGCGGUCUCCUCUGCAUAGCUCCGGGCACAGGGAAUCCAAGGCAGAUGUGAUCCCUGCUCUGUUGGAGCUAACAUUCUAGUGGGGAUAAAGAUAUUAAAUCCAGCAUUGAAGAAAACAACGUGAUCUGGAAUGACUGGGGUGCCUAAUUGCCUGAGUGUCUAGUGCACACUUGGGUGACCAGAUGUGAUUCUGAGCCAGACCUGAGUUAACAGAUCUCAUGUGUAAGGAAAGGCACUGGCACUGAAGCACAAAGUGAAUGGCAGAGAGGAGCCACCAUGUAGCAGAAAGAGCAUGGACCUCUGAGUUGUACCUAGUCUGCAUGAGACUCAGUUUCCCCAUCUCUAACCAGAAUCAAUGAUACCUCCCUUACAGGAUGGCUGAAAAAAUUGCAGGUAACUUUGAUUCAUUUCCACAUGGAAGAUUUAAAAUGAUUAUGACAUGUAACAAAAGAACCUGGGACUCAGGACAGUGAAGCUGAAAAAUAGGUUAGUGUCAGUGGAAAACAAUCUUGCUACUUGCAAUAAGAAGCUGCUGAAGGAUUUGCAGCAGGAAAGACAAGAUGACAUGAGGCCAGGUUUUAGAAAGGUCAUUGAGGAAGUAGCUCAUUGGUUGAGCACUUGCCUAGCAUGUGCAAGGCCCUGGGUUCAAUCCCUAGCACCAAAAAAGAAAAAAA